AUGGCUUUUAUAACUCGGCAAAAGAGGACGCGAUAACGGUGUGGGGUUUUUUUUCUCCCCGUUGACAACUUUAUACUAAGUUUUGUUUUUGUUUUUUUUUCCUUUUGAAAUCAUUUAUGUAGGCUAUAAGAUCCAUUAGUUUCUGGAAAUGUCUGGCACAAAUAUACAUCUCAAAUAUCAGACCAAUAAUAAAACAUGCAUCCUAUUCAUGGGAAAAUGAAUAAUAAAACAUGGGUUGGAUUUAUUUCGUUUUGUAGGUUAAAUGAGGGGAUAAGAUGACAUAACGUCAUUAAUAUAGCCUAUAAAUGAGGUGGGUUCUUUCCAUUUUACAGCAAUAUAUUUAUUACAUUUAGAGGUCCCCCCCCCCCCCCCCCCCAUCUUAGCUGAGACUACUCCCCAAAAAAUAUUUAAAUAAUUCCUAAUUCUUUUUCGUUCAUGUUAUUAGUACAGUAUUCUUAAUUUCUUGAACCCUAUUUCCUAAUUUGUUUUCAGUCAUAUUAAGGAAGUAAAACAUGGUGACACUGUAUCACAGCCUAACCUUUGUACUUGUGGGACAGCCCACGAUUACAGUGCACAGAUGAGUAAAUCCUUACAUGCUGGACACAUCAUGGAGCUACGGGUCAGUUUUGCUGCAUUAUGGAAACUCUAUAAACCACAGAGUGGACGUUAUUUUGAUUAAAAAAAUAAAUAAAUAAAAUAAAAGAGAUCGAUAAUGUGCACAGCCAGGGAUGAAACCUUGUGCCACUUUGUUCAUAAACUGUAGAUCAGUCACAUAUCUUAUCCUCGGACAAAGCUCAAUCCUCUGAACUGUCUAUUUCACAAUGCAAAACACACACACACACACACACACAAACAAACAAACAAACAAAAACAACAACACUCUUUCACGAUGUGGUCAAAGACAUAAAAACAAGUCAGGCUGAUGAGUGAGGAGCCUGUGGUCACCACAGAGCAUAGGAUGAAAAGAAUGCCAAAAAACAAUACUGGUGACUGAGUCUGAAGCGGCCUAGCUCUUAUAGGUGAGGCAGAGUGAGGCGUGUGUGUUUGCGACACGACACAAGGGCGGAAUCUUAAAGAGAGGUGUCGAGUUUCUCAGUCAGCAGAUAACACAAAGUCAGGUCCUUGUGUGGUCAAUUGUAUCCGGACGUCCUUUCCCUACUCCAUCCACCUCUUUUCAUGGAUAUAGCGCCUGUCCACCUGCAGUAUGAGCAUAAUCUAUUUCAUUCAGCCCAUUCAGUUCAGAGUUGGUAGAAAAUUCUAUCGCCUGAUCAUAUCUCAAUAAGUUUGAAAUUUUAAUAGUUUCCGAUUUCUACAAACAUACAAUGCAAGGUUUUCUAAACUUUCUGUAGCAGACUAAUGAGGAUGAGUAUCAACAGUGAGGAGUUAUUAUAUUUACAUUUUUGACUCUCCUUUCCCCUCAUUCAUUUUUGGGUUGUUAUAGCUGUGCUUUGUUUGGGGCGAUAAUAUAGAGUAUUGAUGAAAAACAACAUGUAGCAAUAGCAACUCUGCCACCUCCAGCUCUGUCUUCUGGUCAUUUCUACCGUCUCUCAAGUAGUAAAGUAAUUGCAGUAAAUAUCUGUAUGAAAAACACUUCUAGGAAAUGAAUAUAAAAUAAUCAAAUAAAAAAAAAAACAAUAACUCCAAAUAGAGAACAAUUCCUUAACUUCACUCUCGGAGUUGAGUUUUAUAGAGGAAGGGGCACAAACUAAUUCACCACGAACAGACGUGAAGACCACUGUAAAGUGAGGACACCCUGUAUACAAUAUGUUGCAUUUCAUUUGAAUAGCUUCGAUAAUAUUCUUGAUCCAAUGUGUAGUGAUGAGAGAGAAGUAGAAUUAGAAGUAGAAUGUAUAUGUCAGCCUGUUAAAUACACUGCAAGUCCCAGUCAGAGCUUGUGACAAAAUGUAGUUCCUAAAGCUCCCAUUUUUCCGUACACGAAAAGGAAUCCCUCGACAUAAGUGAAAAUGUCACUUCAUUGGUCUAUAAACAAGACAGACAUCCAACCAUCCAAAUUCAUUCUGAUCAGUUUUAUUUUAAUUAGAGCAUAUUCAGUAUCACCCCUGAACCCACAAGAGGAAGCUUGGGAUUUAAAAUAUAUAUUUUUUUUUAAAUAAGGCCUUGAAAACAGGUAGCAUUUUUCCCAGGACAGAAACAGACGGGUGCAUGCAUGUUAAAAUGGGAUUUGAUUAGCGUUUUAAUUUUGCAGUUGUGCAUGACAAAGUAAAGGGAGCAGCUGUCCGCAGGGUUUCACAGGCACCCUUCCAGUCUGGGAACCAAGGGGAUUCAAAUUAGGAGUCUUAUGAGCGUUACUGAAUUAAUGUCCUCACGCAAGUGAAAACGGGAAUUGAAGAUUACCUGACAGAAGCAGAACUGGCGCAGCUGUUUCAUUUUGCUCCUAUUGCAGCAAAAGCCCUGUUUCCACCAAAACAAUGAUGUUUGGUGCAGUUCAAUCAGGUUGUUUGUUUAGUUUACACUGUCAAAAGUCUAAUAAAUCCCCUCUUAUACUACUAAUAAUAAGCCCUUUAUUAUCUCCAUGCAUCAUGUAUGUUCUGUUGCCACAGCUUAGUGCAUGCACGCAAUGUGUGAUAUAUUAUAUGUAAUAUAACAUUACAUACUUGCUAGGCUACAUAACGGUUUGUUGCCUGCCUGCGAGCGGUAUCCUCUUAAAAGUAUGUGACCAUACCUCAAGCAAGCCUAAAAUGAACGUCCUCUCCCGAGCACCGGUGACCACCAGCGCACGUUUUCCCCCAUUUUGUUCUUAUAAACACGGAGCGAUCCAUUAUUGUUUUCGUCGCCAUGGUAGCGAGUGUAUCUGGUCACGUUUGAGUUGACAAGAUGAAGCCCAGUGUUCGUAAAAAACGGGAUGCGGUGGUAUCGGAAUACAAGAUUUUACUGCAGUAGUCUGACAUAGUUCAAUCGUGAAUGACCAAAUUUGUCUUGUAGUCUCAUCCGGGCAUGAAAUGUUGUCUGUCCCACACUGCCGACAUGUUUUUAAAAAAAAUAACUUUAUUGGUGGUCAGAUAUUUACAGUACUACGUCAAAAGACACGUGACCAGGCUAACAAUAAACUAGCUUUUGGAUUCAAAUAUACUGUACAUGACGGCGACGUGGAGUAAAUGUCUUUUUCGGAGCCGAUCAAUGACGUCAUUGUUCGGAUCGGCGAAUUAUGACAUUAAAUCCGAUCAGCAUAAAUUGCUAAUUAUCGGCCGAUACUAAUCAGGCCGAUCAGAUCGGUGUAAAGUCUACUUAAUUAUGAACACAGCCACAUCCCCAUUCUAAAGAAAGUAUGUGCACUAGUGUAACCACGUUACCGGCAUUUUUUAUUUCUACUUCUGUCACAUGGGUUUUUUUUUUUAAGGCAAGGCAAAACGUGGAGGACCCAAGUGCAGGGAAGCAGGGAGGCAAGGGAGAAGUCUCAAAAAUGAUAUUUAAUUCCAAGUUAAAGGCAAACAAGCAUCUUAGAAAAAGCUAACUAAACAAAAUCAAAGUCACAAAGAAACACUUGAAUAAACCUAAAACUGGAAACAGACAUGACGAGUAAAACUACAGGCGACUACGACAUGCCACAGACAAUAAACCGACAUGAAGUGAAAGAAACCAGGGAACUAAAUACAAACAAAUUGACGAGACCACGAACACCUGGACAAGACGCGAGUGGCUGAUUGAUCGACACAAGGUAGAGGGUUGACGAGAACAGGUGGACACAAUAACUAAAUGACCACACAAGACAUGAAACACAUGGGACACAGGAAAAUAUAAAACAAAGCCAAACACAAUCCAAACCAAAAUGCAGAACAUAAAACCUUCCCUUCUUUAUUUCUUUGCACAGGUUAUAGGUUACCAGCGGAAAAGAUAAGAUCAGAUAAAUAGAAAGUUCUUAAUUGUGUAAAUAAUUUUGGUGAUGGGUACCUUUUUUUGGCUUGAGCUUCUGCCCCCAAAAAUGUCUGUGCAUGUGCCUGCUAUUACUACGGUAUCUGUAGUGGACCCUAUUUGAAUGGUUAUGAGAAAUUACGAUGAAAUACAAUCAAAACAACCAUAAUUUGGGACCUCUUUCACACUGGCCACCAAAGCCAGCAUUUUCACUGCUUUUUCUGGCUCACUGUUUUCUGUGUAAGGGAUCAAUUAUGGGAUAGGGAGUUGGAGUGGACCUGGGAAUUUGACCUGCUUCCAAUUUGGUAGCAGAGGCGAGACUGCUGCCAACCAGGCCCUUGUGUCACGUUUAACUCCGGAGACCACACCCCUUUUUGUUGAAAACAAUUUUCACUGCCACACAUCUAAUUUUGGUAAUUGGGCAACUCGCAGCGGCUGCGUGAAUGUGUACUUCAGAGUGUCAGAAAGGCAACGGCUAAAAUGCACUGUGAAAAUGACUAUUGUCUUUAAUGGCAUCUGAAGCUAAAAUAGCACUAUUUAGAAGGUGUUGGCAUGUUGUGUUGAGUGGGGUGGCAACUCAAUGUUGUGUGGAUUUAAAAAAAAAUAAAAAUAAUGAGAAGGUGCUGUGUAUUCUUCGUGUCUUACUGAAAUAAACAGAAGAACACACAUGCAGCUUGUCCACUAUCGUUUCAUUUACUCUGUCAUGUUCUGUUUCUUUGUUCUUUGUUGUAAUUGAGGGGUCAGACUGUGUCAUGCUGGUAUGAUCUCACACCAUUUACAUAGCUGAUGCUGAUAUUACAGCAGAGACUGCAGUCAAAACCCAAGUCAGCUUGCGGUUUACUGCUCUAAACUGCUCUUGGUGGAAAUGAGAUGAAAGAUGUCCGGAAGUGGGUGUGAAGAUGUAGACUUGGAAGUCAUUGGACUAGGCAAGGCUACAGCUAUGAAGGAGGAAGCUUGAUUUAUAAAUGAGGACAGAUUGUGUAUUACUAUGAGGAGUUAUGCUGUUAUUACUCAAAUGGAUCAAUGCAUCGGUGGACACAGGUAAUAAUGGAGCCAAUAGAAAAUUGCAAAUGGGGAAAGAUGUCAGAAUCCUACAGUAAAAACAAUGUAAACAUCACAACAUUCUAAUGGCUGUAUCACGCUGUGUAUAUAUAGUGUGCUUUACAGUAUGUGUGUGUAUAAUGGCGCAGGAGCUUUGGGUCAGGCUGAAUUACCUUGAGCCACAGGGAGAUCAGUUCGCAAAGACGAGUACCACCCCUCCAACACCCAUCCCCCCUCCACACAGGCACACAGGUCUCUCCUUGCAACACCUCAUCUCCCAAGCAGACAUGAAAGAUAAGAAGUUUGGGAGAUAAAGAGCACUGGCGGUGCUACAGAGGAGGUAAGGAGUGAGCUCGAAGGAAGAAUGAAAGGUGUGGAAGGCGGGCGAGAUAAGCACAUGAAACAAAUGGAGAUGAGGGUGUGUAGAGGUGUGAGCUGAUUGAGGUGAUGGUGGGCCAUAAACUAAAAAAUGAGCUCAUGCAGAAAAAUUGGAAUUAAACUAUCUUAGAGUGGCCAGAGGGUACGCAGGGGCAUGAAAUAGGAUGGAUCUGUUUAAAGCCUCCGCUGACAUUAAUAACUGAAUUCAUGUCUACAGCCAGACUCACAACUUUGUCAUCGUGCCGCACCUCUAUAGUCAGCAUGUCGGAAAAUCCAAUUUUUGAUAUAUAAUUUGCACUACACACUACAAGCACAUUAGUUUUGUAGUCUUAACAGUUUCCAUUAUUGUGGGAAAACAUUCUAUAACUUGUCGGGAGUGUGUCUGUGGCAAUUUUUUGUCUCUUCGUUCAGACUAUUACUGAGAAUAGCACUGGGUGUGUGUGGCGUGACUCACUGUCUCUGUUGUAGUUGUAGUUUUGAGAGAGGACAGAAAAGGGCAGGACAGGACAGGACAGGAUGUGGAAAAAUGAGCAAGGCAGUGCUACUGACAAGUGGUGCGGUGGGAUUCUUUUGAGAGCCAGUCCACCUUUUAUCUUACAUUUUAAAUAAUGUGAGGCCAGCAUAGCACAACUAUUUGUGAGCAGAUUUUACCACAGUUUGGGUCAAAAUCAAUCCAGAUUCAGAAAAGUAGAGUCACACCUCUGAAAGCUGCGUGCAGGAAAAACGAUAUGUACCUCGCCAGUCUAUUUCAAAUAAAUAUAGUGUAUCUCCUUAAUACCUUUUUGCUAAGGUAAGCCACUUUGGUCAUUUAUGUACAGUUGAUAAAUAAUGUUGCAUUUUAAUAAUGUUAGCUUGCUGUGGUGAUGAUCAAUCUGUUUAACAAUUGAGCAGGUUAGUAUUGGUUUAUUUGGUAUCGCUUGGAACCCCGGCUGACCAGGUAGCAGGAUUAGUAUAUCAGGGUAUCUGGCUAUCUACUUUGCCAAUGGUAAUCCGUCAAAAGUUGGUAGAGCUGUGGGUACCAUACAGAGAGGGGGCAUUCGUUUCUCCCUGUGAGUUGUCCAUUGUGACUAUAAUGCACCUUGUGUCUGCAUGGCUGCGCGAUAUGUUGAGAAGAAAGUGUCUUCAAAAAGAUAUGUUGUUUGCUCACUUGUCUUUGCCAACCACAUUUCAAACCCCAAGAAGGACGCCGAAGUUUCAGCACUACCCUCAGUCCAGAGCUUCAAAUAUCCCUUACCCUUCCAUGCCACACAAGCCUUGUCUCCACUCCCUAUGGCAUUUGGCACCAGUGCCCAGCACAUAGACAGAUGGAGCCAACCCUGACCCCUCUCCUCGCCUGCAGGCCCGCCGAGAGAAUCAGUGCUUGACUAGAGGAGAGGGGGCUGUGUGAGUGAGUAGAAAAGGCGGAGAUAGAAAGGAGAGGAGAGUGUAUUGCUUUGUUACCACAGCAACACAUCACCUUGUCUCCCGUGUACUACUCUUAAGCCAAACCAUAGGCCCUAUGAUAAAACAAACGCACAGCAGGAGAUUCUCUUCGAUACAUUUUCUUGAUCUCAUUUUAAAAAAAAUGUUCUUUAUUUGGCAGCAAUAGCUUUGAUGUGAGAGGAGUACGUGAACACUGACAGCAUCCUAAAUAUAGAUGCACCUACUGUAUGUGAGUGAAGCAUCACAAGAUGGGCUUACUUGCCAAAAUGAAGUCUGCUCCCAAGUGACAAAGUGUUCGCCUGCUUUAAUUGUGCUGUCACACUCAAGUAAAGCACAAUACGUUCUUCCCUGGCAGAAAUAUGAGUUUAUUUUUUGUAACUAUAUCAAACAUGCUCCAUGUAUGACCAUAUUGUUGAAUCAUUUCGCCCUAACCCCCACCUGAGCCUCGGCAAAUUUAACAAAAAUAUUGUACCCCCCUUAGUCCCUCUGGAUGUUACUGCAACCUUUGAACCUAUUCUGCUGACUGAUAAUCUGAUUAGCAUAUUGCCAGACAGCCAAUUUUGAAAGAACAAAGUGUCAACAAUAAAAUGAGACACUAAUGGCCAGUGGAAUGAAUUCAGGGCCAACAUAACAGAGGGGGGAAUACCGGAGUCCCAAAGCUUCCCAGGUAAUUGGAGUGCAGUAUGUUUUUUUUUUUUUUUUUUUAUGCUACAGUUCCUCCGGUGACCUUGUAAGGCUGAGGACUUCCAAGAGGCAGACAAUGAGAGCUACAGAUUAGGAUUCAUGUUUGAGGUUCAUGAUUAUCCUUUUCAGUUUUUCAUCAUAACUCUUAACUCGUUUGCAUAACAAAGGAUGUUUUUACACUGUCAGCCUGUCCGCAAUCAUUUCAUUCUCUGCUGUAAGCCUGAGUGUCCAGCAUUGGUUUGCUACUCCCAUCACUUCAAAGAAAUCCAUUUUGAAUAUUUGUCAUGAAUAGCAUCAGUUUUUUAAAUGAAUAGUGGUAGGAAAAGGCAUAUUUCUCCAUGUCCAAUUGCCACUUUUCAAUAAGUAACGUUUUCUUUCUUUUCCUUGGGGUUUCCCUCCAUUAAAUUUUUCGUCAACUAAAAUUAAUGCUGCUUGUUUUCUUCUUGCUGCUUACUGUUUUUUUUUUCCAGAAUUUAUAAUAUAUAUAAAAGAAAUAGUGUAAAUAUGGGUAAGCUGCUUGUUUAUUUUUGAAGCCAGUAUGAAAAGCUACUGUAGGAGAAGUAAUAAAACUGCGGCACUUCAAUGACGACAUGCUUCUGUUGUUUAUGGUUCCCACUUUUUCUAUUAUCUACCUACCAUGAUGACCUUUCUUGCACCUCAUUGAUUGUUUUAUGUUUUUUGAUCCCAUUUUCAACUACAUUGGCCACAGGGCUCAGACAUAUCUAAUGAUCCAGAUUUGGAUUAGCAUCAUUUUGUACACCUGCAUACAGGAGAUACCAACCUCCUGCAUAAUCCUGAAUUUUAUCAUUGAGCAAGAUUACCCAUGUUACAGUUAAAGAAGUGCAACAGAAUCUUCCAUAGAAUUAAAGUGGAACGAAGAAUUUUUUUUUUUAGGUAAUUAAUACAGUAAUAUUUAAGGAAUCAAGAUGAUAUUAAAACAAUCUUAAAAGCAAUGGUGAGCCAUGAGGGCCAGCAAGCCCUUCUCUGCUGGUUUAAGCAAUAUCAGACGCAUAGACCUACUGUACAUUUACAACCUAAAUUGUAAUAUUUGUUCCAUGAAAUUAUAUGAAUUUAUUCACAACAGGGCGGCUCGGUGGACGACUGGUUAGAGCGUCAGCCUCACAGUUCUGAAGACCCGGGUUCAAUCCCCGGUCCCGCCUGUGCGGAGUUUGCAUGUUCUCCCCGUGCCUUGUCCAGGGUGUGACUUGCCUCUUGCCCAAAGUCAACUGGGAUAGAAUCCAGCUCACCCCAAAUGAUGAGGACAAGCGCCAUAGAAAAUAGAUGGAGGUGAUGUCUGCUGCCAGUUACAAAUUUCUGUUCCUGCGAGCGCGGAGGUGAAUCCGGAGCCAACCUUUCCUCCAGCUUGGAUGAAGGGACCCGAAUUGACUGUCGAGGUCUGCUGUGGAUAAAACAAUAUUACCUAUACAGGCAAGUAUUUUUGUACAUACACAGCAUUGCCUCCAAUUGUCAUGGUAAUGCCUCUCAAGUGACCUGGGAGACCUCCAGGUUAACAUCCAACGUGACCCCUGCUAAAACCACUCGACUUGCCAGUCCCAACAGCGUCAGCUGUCAGUGAAGGUGACACGGGUUGAAAGGAUUCUGAAGUGGAUUCUUUUUCCUCUGUGGUGGUGGCUGCCUUACUCAUCAGGCUGGGAGUGGCAGCAAGAUGCCUGAACUGGACGAUAUUCCCCCCCUGAGGGGACCUAGAGGCCCUGAAAUGGGCCUCCAUGGUCCCGCUGACCCAAUUCAGAUUCAGCACGGGAUCCUGGAGGAACAAGUGGAGCUGUGGUGGUUCAGAGAACCCGGGAAGUCUCUGCUGUGCUACUCCAUCGCUGUAUUUCUAAUCGUGGGCUGUGGGCUCGGGGGUGUUGGCCUCCUCUCCACUACCACCAGCGUCUCAAGCGAAUGGCGGCUGGGUGUGGGCACGGCCCUUUGCCUGCUCGCCUUGGGGGUUUUGCUCAAACAGCUGCUCAGCUCAGCAGUGCAGGACAUGAAUUGCAUUCGAAGCCGGCAGCAGAUUGACAUGCUCAAAAGUGGAGGCUUAUCUGAUUUCCUUGUGGUUUUGAUUGCUGGAAUGUCCAUGCUCAUUUGUGGAGGGGUUCUACUACAUCUGGCCCUGGUGAACCAUAUGCCCAAACCAGGCCAAGCACUUAACGAUAUGUACGUCUCUGGUGUGGUGUUGCUGACUGGAGGGGGGGCUGCAGUUCUGGGCGUUGGAAUUUACUCUUUUGCGGUCAUCCUACUUGAGAGGACACGGCCUGGACGAAGGUUCGUGGACAGGAUGUUGAACAUCUUCACCAUCUCUGGGCACAUGGACAACCAGGCUCGUAGAGAAACUACCUCAAGCCUGGCUAAUCUCAUAUGAGAUUAAACAGCAUGAAUGUCGCCUCUUUUGGGUUUUAGCUCCUAAUUUCUGUACAUUAAACUGACUUCCAAUCAAUUCUGGGGACAAAAAGACGUGAAGAUGACACAUCUUUUCCAAGCCGACAUUUUGCUCCAUUUUCUGUCACCAUCGGAAGCCAAACGUAAGCAAAAAGAAUCAGAAUCAGAAUCAGAAUCAGAAUCAGAAUCAGAAUCAUCUUUAUUUGCCAAGUAUGUCCAAAACACACAAGGAAUUUGUCUCCGGUAGUUGGAGCCGCUCUAGUACAACAGACAGUCAAUUUACAGAACACUUUACAGAACACUAUGUAGGAAAAAAACUGAAAGAAAAGAUAAAAGGCUAACACACAAAGUGUCCCAGUUUAGUUUCGGUCCAAAGCCACACAUAAUGCUGCGUUUAAACGCUCAAAUCUGCACAUCUGCUAAAAUUUCACAUUCGUUCUGGACAAAAAUGUUGAAUUCUGCUCUGUGUACUUUUGGCUUGGACAGUGUUGUGCAUCAACACCAACAGGAAAAAAAGUAAGUGAGUAGGGGAAUACUGUAAUAAAAUCCUGUAAUUGAUGGUUUAACAUAUUUAACUGUGCACUGAUGAUUAAUUUAGAAUUAGACUCACAUCUUUAAAACUGCUAAAAUUAUUUUUUGGCAUUAAAAAUAAUAAAAACAUUAAUUCCAAUUGAUGGAUCUCAAGUUGGCAGCUUGGUCUAGUAGUUGUGAACACGUCAGCUGUGUGUUUUCUCUGGAUACUCCGACCUCCUCCCGCAUUCCAAGAAAUAUGCAUUAUAGGUUAGUUGAAGACUUACUGUAAUUGGCCAUGGAUGCAAUGGAAAGUGGAUGAAUGAUCAAUGGCUGUAUCUGAAGUCUUUGCACUGCAACCCAUUUUGAAAGAAAAAUGAGGUGAGGUUUAUUCAUGUGUUAAAGGGACAUUUGGCCCGCAUUUCUGACCAUCCUUGGUUUGUGUGCAUCAGGACAUCAGUGAGUCGCUAAUGAUAGCCCAAAAAUGAUCAAAUUACAGUUACAGAAUAUCCAAUUAUUGGCGCAAUAAAAAGACAUUCAAAAUCUUUUCACCUUCUCAAUGGCCAUAUAAAUGGAAGAAAAAUGAUAAAAUCACAUGAGUGACUUUUGAGUUUAACAAAAAAAAUCAUUUCUUUUUUUAACUUUGUUCCAAACUUGUCUGUAGUAUCUGUCAGCUGACUUUAUGAUUGUUUUAGAAUUAUUCCACUUUUUAUGCACUUUCAAUUGGUGAAUUUCUAUAUAAAUUGUUUUUUGUGUGACUGAA